UUAAAACCCUCCGGUCUGAUGCUAUAGUAGCGUAAACCCUACCGACAGCGCAAAAACAAGGUGAAACAGUCCCGCUAAAUAAGAGUUUUGGACUGGCCCGUGUCUGCAUCGCCUGUUUAUCUCGGGGGUGUUUCGUACGUGGCCACUCCAGCCGGGGCGUAUGUGUGAUAUUCACUUCUGAUUUUAUGAAGUGCUCCGAUACUUUUGUGGCAAUAUCGCCGCCGAAUUUAGGUGUGAAAAAGAGUUCAACGGGAUACGCGGCGAAAGCAGUUCACCUGGCUUCCCAGCUGUAGGCAACCAAGUCUGAAGAAGGGUGCUAUGCCGUCAGUGGGAUGGUAGAAGGGAGGAGUUGAGUCCAGUCUGAAGGAGCAUGGUGAAGCACCAACCCCUGCAGGUCUAUGAGAGACAGCUGUGUUUGUCAUGUCUGACAGGGAUCUACGGCUGCCGUUGGAAACGUUAUCAGCGGUCACAUGACGACACCACAAAGUGGGAGCGCUUAUGGUCGAUGAUCCUCUUUGGAACUUUCUCCCUGCUACUGGUAUGGUUUUACUUCUGGUUGGAAGCACACAAUGACUACAAUGAGUUUAACUGGUUACUGUAUAACCGGUCAGGGGAGUGGAGUGACGGCACAGUUCCGAUACUUGCCACGACAGCUGCAGGCUUCACGUAUCUCGCAUUAUUAAUGAUUUUAGCUUUAUGCCAUAUAGCAGUCGGACAGCAGCUGAACUUGCACUGGCUCCAUAAGAUUGGGGUGACUAUAGCUUUGCUGACUACCAUCACUGGAGUGAUAUAUGUAAGUCAGAUAUGGUGUGAAGAAUGGGACAUCAUCUCAGUCUCUCUCCAGGCCACUGGACCAUUUCUGCACAUAGGUGCACUGGCUGCAAUCACGGCUCUGGCCUGGCUGGUGGCAGGACAAUUGGCUCGGUCUGAGAGGCCCAGGUUUCAGGUAGUGGUGGCGCUUCUCUACCUGGCUGUGCUCCUGGGCCUCUACAUGGCCCCUCUGUCCAUCUCCUCGCCUUGCAUCAUGCAGCGAGACGGGCUCAAAGCACGGCCCGCCGUCAUUGGCCAGCGGGGCGCGCCCAUGCUGGCUCCUGAGAACACGCUACUCUCCUUCCAAAAGGCUCUGCACAUGAACAUCGUCGGUCUGCAGGCAGACGUGGCCAUCAGCCUAGAUGGAGUGCCAUUCCUGAUGAGGGACCGAACACUGCGGCGAACCACGGAUGUGCGGAGACUCUUCCCAGAGAGGCAGCAUGACGAUGCGUCCUCCUUCAACUGGACCGACCUGCGUACUCUCAACGCGGGCCGCUGGUUCCUGCAGGACGACCCCUACUGGACAGUACGGCGCAUGUCGGAGCAGCAGCGCCGCCUGGUGGGCAACCAGACGGUGUGCAGCCUGGAGCAAUUGCUGCAGCUGGUCUUGCGCGCCAACCGCUCCAUCCUGUUGACGCUGCACCGCCCCCCCCAGGGUCACCCACACCAUCUGAGCUGGGUCAACCUCACCCUGGCCACCGUGCUGCAGUCGGGCAUUGCCCAGCACCAGGUGGUAUGGGCCGUGGACUGGGACAGGGAGCUGGUGAAACAGGAGGUGCCAGCCUUCCAGCAGACAUCCAUGAGGAAGCAGCCGGUAGAAGCGCUCCAACAGGACGGCGUGAGCCGUCUCCUUCUGCGCUACAACCAGGCCACAGCACAGGACGUGCGCACCUACACAGCCAGUAACCUGAGCGUGACUCUCUAUACGGUGAAUGAGCCGUGGCUGUACUCUUUGCUCUGGUGCAGUGGCGUGCAGUCUGUCUCCUCAGAAGCCCCGCAGGUCCUGAAGAAAGUGCUGUCCCCACUCUGGCUGAUGAGCCCACACGAGUACUGCCUGAUAUGGGUCACCACAGAUCUGGUCUCCUUCGCCCUAGUACUGGGGAUUUUUGUAUUCCAAAACUAUCACAUGAUCAGAUGGAAGAUGAGUGGAAUGCGAAGCUACAACCCAGAGCAAAUCAUGCUAAGUGCAGCUGUUCGGAGGUCCAGCCGAGAUGUCAACAUAAUGAAGGAGAAGCUCAUCUUCUCCGGUCAGCCGCAGUAGCUGUUUGACCGUGGGCGUGACCCCUCACAUUGUCAUCUCACCUCCCACCUCAUUCCAUCCCUCCCUGCUCCUGACCCUCACUGCCUGCUGCCCACCAACCUCCCCUCCUCCACCACCACUAACUCAUAAAUGGCUCUCGUCUUGAUAGCCAUGCUAUCAGUGCCCUGUUAUUGAGGUAAGCAAUGGGGUCAGCAGUGAGGGAAAUGGGUUUGACUACUAAAGCAACCGAGGCAUUCAUGGACCGCAGGAACUCUGCAGACUGGUGGGAUGAGAUGCAACUCGCACCAAUCCUCUAACUUGUUUACCUUUGAUUCCACUGAACCCCCGCCUCACCCCUCGUGCUGCCUAUUAAAUAUUUUGUGUUCCAGUGAGCUACUUAAUUUUGCUGUAUUGCUAAAGAAACGAUGGCUCUAUACCAGUUUUUAAAUUGUUAAAUUGCUUGUAAUGAAGUAGCUAGGAAAAUUGGGGGGGACGCCCUAUGUAUUUUACCAAACCUGUGGCCUCCGGCCUCGCCGCUCAGGGUGGCUGGAAUGUCAGUCUUCUGCUCCUGAUCGCAAGCAUGCCCAUCACAAAACUGAGUAUCUUUAAAAAGAGAAUCUCCAAAAACCAGGAACUAUGGAUUGUUUGUAAGCAGUGUUUGCAGGAUUUACUUAGGCAUGAUGUUGACAGUCUACUGCCUUCUGUUAGGGCUGAAACAAAUAAAGAAACUCCAAAUGUGUUUACAGAGUGCCUGUUGUUGUCCUGUGUGUGAACUAUUUACAGUAUGUGACUUUUCAGUGAAUGUUUUCAUACGUGCCCAGUUGUCAUUGUCCAUUUUCAAGAAUUGCUUUUAUAAAUUUUUUUUUUGCCUUUCAAGAAAUUAAAAGAACAAUUCAAACUAAUUUCGAAUACACUGUAUAUACAAAGAAUAAGUUAAAGCUAGAUGAUUUAAGAAACACACAAGCUACAGGCUUCUCUUUACCAAGGGGAUCCGGUUUAAAGGGAAGGCUCGCAUAAAUAAGUGUGGGCUUUAAUGGGUAGUUAUACACUGAACGCAGUGCAGUUGGAUUUGAGUUUCAGUGCUGUCAAAAGUACUACAGAACUCAUUUACUUGCCUAGAAUCAAAGCUGGUGUGCAUAUAUUGUACAGAGAUGGUGAAAUAGCAUCACCACAUGGUCAUUGUAAUUCAUUUACUGUAAACAUUGUCAUUAAAUCGUAUCUUAUGGGACUGGUCAAUGUCAUACGUUAGAUAAACAAUUUGUUAAUAAUAAAAAGCUUACAUUGUUACACUAUACAUUUGAACAAAUUGUGCUAUUUCAUGUUUUUAUUUUGUAUGUGUUGGAGAUCAAUAAAAAACAUCCAAUUACA